AUGUCAGAGACUUUAGGUGAUGAAUUUUAUCCAUCUUUUGCUCCAUUCUUAGGAUUCGGAGGUUGUGCAGCAGCAAUGAUAUUAUCAUGUACAGGAGCAGCAAUAGGGACUGCAAAAUCAGGAAUUGGUAUAGCAGGUAUUGGGACUUUUAAACCAGAGUUGAUUAUGAAAUCUUUAAUACCAGUGGUCAUGUCAGGUAUAUUAUCAGUUUAUGGGUUAGUUGUGGCUGUUUUAAUAGCUGGUGGAUUAUCACCAACUGAAAAUUAUAGUUUGUUUAAUGGAUUUAUGCAUUUAGCUUGUGGAUUAGCUGUAGGGUUUGCUUGUUUAGCUUCAGGGUAUGCAAUUGGUAUUGUGGGGGAUGAAGGUGUUAGACAAUUUAUGCAUCAACCUAGAUUAUUCGUUGGGAUUGUUUUAAUUUUAAUUUUUGCUGAAGUUUUGGGACUUUAUGGUAUGAUCAUUGCUUUGAUAUUGAAUACUAAAGGUAGUGGAUAG